AAGCUGUCAUUUUCGGGAAAACAAAACUCGCGGCGUGAAAGCGGCAUUUUUCAUUUAAAUUGUUUCCUGAAUAUUUCUGCCGGAUUAUACCAUUAAAUUAUUAUCAUUUUCUAGUUUCAAAUAGUGCUAAGCGAUGGUUAAGCUAACGCCGGAACUCAUCAACCAAUCAAUGCAGUUCAUGAACCCCUGCAGGGAUCGUGAACUGGAUUUACGAGGAUAUAAAAUUCCUCAAAUUGAGAAUAUGGGAGCUACCUUGGAUCAGUUCGACACGAUCGACUUUUCCGACAAUGAUAUCCGCAAGCUUGAUGGCUUCCCACAUCUGCCAAGGCUAAAAUGUCUCCUGCUGAACAAUAACCGGAUAGUAAGAAUAAGUGACACCUUACACGAAUCCCUGCCCAACUUAGAAAGCAUUGUCCUCACCGGGAACAAUAUGCAAGAGCUAGGGGAUCUGGAACCGCUGGUUAAAAUGCCAAAACUGCAAAGCCUUUCGCUCCUAACCAAUCCGGUUUCGACCAAACCGCACUACCGGGAGUACGUGGCAUUCCGUUUUCCCAAUCUACGAUUGUUGGAUUUUCGCAAGAUCAAGCUGAAGGAACGGGAAGCGGCCAAGGAACUGUUCAAGAGCAAAAAGGGCAAGGAACUGCAGCGGGAGAUUAUGCGCAAAGCCAAACUGGCAAUGCCAGUUCCGGACAAACCGACGGUACACAACGCUUCCCCAGCCGACAUUCAACGCAUCAAGGAAGCCAUCAAGCGGGCGACCAAUCUGCACGAGGUCGAACGGUUGACGCGGAUGCUUCAAUCCGGAACGAUAACCGGCGAUUUCAGUUUGAAUGGUAACGGAGCGAUGGAAACCGAGUGAAGUUAAUAACUUUGAUAAAAUCAGAUACUACAUCUCUGAUACUUACACGGCAGGAAGCGAUAAUAAGUUGUAAUAAACAAUUCCAAUUUUAAAGUCUUUAGUACUUUUUAUGAGAGAAAUGUCGUUCAUAAAACAAAAUAGACGUGGAUAGAUGGGUCCGACCAAUUAUUA